AUGACUGUAACGGCUAAGAAUGUACUAUGCUAUGUUCCCAAUAAAAUUGGAUAUGUGCGCGUCAUAACUUUGAUUCUGUCGUGCUUUUUGAUGAAAAACCACCCCAUAUGGACUUCUGCCGUAUAUGGUAUCUCCUGCCUCCUGGAUGCGCUAGAUGGUACCAUGGCCAGAAAGUAUUCUCAAACGAGUCGGUUUGGGUCGGUUUUAGAUAUGGUGACAGAUAGGUCGACGACAAAUGCUUUGAUAUGUUUCCUUUGUUUGAUAUAUCCAAAAUUAACUCCUCUGUUCCAAGUGUUGAUAGCGUUGGAUUUAUCUAGUCACUACAUGCAUAUGUAUGCGUCAUUGAGUUGCGGGGAAGAGUCGCAUAAGACAAUAGAAAAAGACCAAUGGCUUCUACAUCUCUAUUACUCGAGCAGAACUGUUUUAUUCAUUAUUUGCUUUUUCAAUGAGUUGUUCUACUUCGGUGUAUACUUAUCUGGAUUUCCACAAUUACCCCACAUUAAGGUUCCAUUCCACUCGGAACCAGUUCAUUUUGGGUCAUUAAUUGCGGUUUUCUGUUUACCGGGUUACGUUUUCAAGCAAAUUGCUAACAUUGUACAGCUUAAUAGGGCAUCUGUGUUACUAGCCCGUUUAGAUGCUAGGGAUGCUACACAACGUUUGAGGUGUACGGACUCUAAACAGGAAUGA